AUGCCGAGAGAUUCAGAGGCUAUCCAGAGUCCUGAGACUCAAAUGAGAAAAUCUAUGUUAAAGGAGGUUGUGCCUACCAUGUACUAUUCCUCCUUGGCAUAUUGGGUGAGUGGACGGUUUUAUGAAAGAGAGGUGGCCUCAAAAAUAAAUAUGAUAACAACAAACUUUACUGUUACCGAAUUUGUGUUCCUGGGGCUCUCAUCACAGCGAAAGAUGCAGCUCAUUCUUUUUAUUAUGUUCUUGUUCUUCUAUUUAUUAACCGUGGUGGGGAAUAUUAUUAUUAUCACUAUCAUCCAGAUAGAAACACGUCUCCAAACUCCAAUGUAUUUCUUCCUCACUAAUUUAUCCUUUCUGGAUAUCUGCUACACAUCCACUGAUGUCCCACAAAUGCUGUCCAACAUGGUGGGCAGAAAGAAGACCAUCCCGUUUCCUAGAUGUGCUACUCAGAUGUACUUCUCCCUCUCCUUGGGAAUGACUGAGUGCGUUCUCCUUGGAGUCAUGGCUUACGACAGAUAUGUGGCCAUCUGCCACCCUCUUCACUACACAGUCAUUAUGAACCAAAGCACCUGUGUCCAGUUGGCAGGCAUUUCUUGGGCCAGUAGUUUCCUGAGUUCCACAGUCAUCAACGUCUUCACCUUGAGUUUACCCUACUGUGGGCCCAAUGUCCUGGAUCACUUCUUCUGUGAGGUUCCUUCCAUCCUGAGGCUGGCUUGCACUGACACCUCAUUUACCGAGAUGGUUGUUUUCGUCUUCACUGUGGUCAUUGUAUUCAUUCCUUUUCUCCUCAUUGUUGUUUCCUACGCCCGAAUCCUUCUGACGGUUCUCAGGAUGCGGUCAGCCUCUGGAAGGCACAAGGCUCUCUCCACCUGUGCUUCCCAUCUGACAGUGGUGGCCUUAUUCUAUGGAACUGGUAUCUUCAUGUACAUGAGACCCCAGUCAAAGACCUCCAGGGCUGGGGGCAAGAUCAUCGCGGUGUUCUACACUGUGAUCACACCCAUGCUCAACCCCUUGAUCUACAGCCUAAGGAACCAAGAUGUAAAAGGGGCUCUAAGAAGAGCUCUGGCAAAACGGAGGACAUGA